AUGCAUGAUUUGGUCGCUGUUGUAGAAUGUCUUUCCACUUGCUUAACUCCCAUUUUGCAGUGUGUGGAGAGGAAUGUUGAGCUUAUUUCCUGCUUUGAGGCAGUAAGGCAGCUUAGUAUUAAAAUUGAUUCUACUCCUCCGAAGGUAUGUGUUGGUGCUGAGGACGGAAGAAACGUUAAAAACAGUUUGUGUAGGCGGGACGAUAUUGCAGAGCAAAUUAAUUUUUAUACUCAAACUGAGCUUGCACACAUAUUCGAGCAACCUAAGGUGCUGGAAUCAUUUGCACGGCGAGAAGCAGAGCGCGUGGAAGACCUCUUAAAGGAUUCGCAAUCUAUCAUGAAGUAUGAUCGAUUUCAAGUAGUUAUGAAUGGACUGAUGGAAGCUGUAAAGGCCGUUCUUCAGUUCUUUCCUGACAAAACAUUACCGAUCUGUGUGAGCCGAUGGAAGGUGGCACUCGUCCAGUCGCUGACAUUUUUUCAACCCGCACCUCACACGCACCAGACGGAGUUGUUAGAGCGCCUUUCAGCGUUACGCAAAAUUGUUCAACAAUUGCUUCUGUCUACGCAGAAAAUGUGCGAAGACUAUGUCAAAUCUGCGGAGGUGCGCCGACUACGUCCAACUGAGGUUGAGUCUAUCAAUAGUCAACUAAGUGAACAGCUGUGGCGGCCACUAAACAAUGUACUGGUGAUUUGUGCUGCUGAAUGCCAGCAGGCUAUAAAACAAACUGUCAUUGCUCCCGUUAUUGCCACAGCUGACGGUUAUGAGUCGCAACCACUCUGGAGGUUACAGUCGAGUAACGGAGGAAGCGCUGUGAUUUCCAAUUCUGUGCUACACACGCCAUUACAUCUUGCGCCUAGUGAAAUGGUGCGCGGCUUUGGUGAAGCCAUUGUGGAAAUACCAUUAGCACUCGAAUCAUUACGGGGUGGCAGCGAGGGACGGUUCGACGGCAUUGAAGAGUUACUCGAAGAAGUAACGGAAUAUUGGUUAGAUGAUAUUGUGCGCACGGCGGUAUCGGACUUUAUUGAGUCUAAAGUGGCCAACAUUAUAAUGUGUUUCCCACUUAAUAGCGACGAUGCUGCGGCCCUUGCAGUAGAACAACUUGUAACCGACUUGAGUUAUUUGAAAAGCAUUCUGGCUGCAGUUAGUGAUGAUCCUUUCGAGCGACUGGAAAGCGUUCUCUCCCGAUUAAAAACUGCAAGUAUAAAAUCUGGAAGCACAAUCGCCAUUCGAGAACUUAUAGCUGAACAGGGACAGUCGAAAGAAUAA